GCCUCUGGCUGCGCAGCCCUCUGCUCCCCCUUCCGCUCUUCCCUGGCGGAGGCGAGUCCCCCAGCCCCUGCCUGGCUCCUUGAGCCACCGCCAGGCCUCUCUGGUGCCCACGACUGCUGCCUCACUGGCUUUCCCGUGGUGGCCUAAACCAUGUACUCGAGUCCACUGUACCCCAACAAACUCUUCUCACCAGCCGUCUAAGCAAGCAGCUCCUGAACCGCCGCUUCUGUUUCCCAUCAAGCCUCUGGAGGGCCGAGGGGCCGAGGGCCCUGUGAAAGGGCUGGUGGUGCAGUGGGCGGCACCGCGGGAGAAGGUGCCGGGGAACACGCUCCUUUACGCCUCCUUCCUCCCUAGAUGUCACUCCUGACCGCAAAAGACAAGAUGAGGGAGGGCAGCAAGGUUCUGGAAGAUCGGAAACAGAAAUGAAUGGUAGCUGACGUAGCAGCCUGCAGAAACCUGGAACCUAAGCCCCUGCUUGGUGGGAAGCUCGCCCAGUGGUGCCGUGGGCCGCCAGGGCAACUCAGCUCCUGGGGUGCCGUAGAGGCAGAAAAGGGGGAGGGGGGAAAGUCAGGACCCAGAGCAGAGACCCCCAGGCUCCUCUGCCAGCAGGGGCCACGAGGUACUGUCCAGGGAGGCCUAGCCUGGGGCCUACCUGAGCCUGGCUGAGGGGUACCCUGAAAACGGGGUUGGGGGAAGGCUGCACACCUGCAGCCCCCAAUCCUGUCCCCAGAGCCCCACGACGAGGCCUUGCUGACCGUCAGGCCCCCUCCCCUCACUCGAGCUUCAGUUUCCUAUAUGGCAUCUCACUUUUCAACAUGGAAGACCAGCCAGGAGGCCCUACGUGUGAAGGAAACCUCUUAAAGAAACAUGCCAAAACAGAGAAAAGGGGAAUUGAGGAGAAAGAGAGGCAGUGCAGGGAAGAUGAAAACUUAAAGGAAACCCAAAGCCAUGACAAUGUGCCCCCGAAGAUGAGAGAUGGUCUUGUGCCAUGAAAGGACAGGAUGCUAACAAAAUGAGAGAACAAGAAAAAGAUCUUGGGAAUAAGUGUGAUGGCAAAAAUUUUUUUAAAAUUAAUAGAAUUGGAAGAUAAAGUAGAAUAUAAAGGAAAAUACCUGGAAAAAAGGAGAAAAAAAAUUGGAAGAGUAAUCCAGGAAAUGCAACAUCUUGAGUAUUAGGAAAUCCAGAAAACAAACAAGAAGUAAGGAGAAGGAAGAAAAUUCCCCAUGAUCCAAGACAAUGAGUUUCCAAAUGGAAAUUGCUGGCAUAGCACAUGAAAAAAACCGACGUGAAAGUACAUCAUCACAGACUCUCAGAAUCCAAGGAUGAAAGGGAAGACCUUAAGAGCCUCCGGAGAGAAAAGCUAGAGACCUGUACAAGGAUUGUGGGUCCCAGUGGAACCCGACUGCUCAGCAAGAACUUCUGGAAUUAGAAAACCAAGAAGAAAUGCCUUUAGAGUUCUGAAGGGAAUUAUUUCUAGAAUAUUCUGUAUUGUUAAUCCAGGGCGGAAAAGAAUAAGCUUCAGUAAAGCAAGGGAGUCAACCAAGAAGGGGCCAUGGGACCCAGGGACCCCUGGGCUCUGGCACAGGAUGAGGCUCAGGGAAGUGGGAGGGGACGUCCCGGAUGGCAGCCGUCCCGAGGCCCCAGGCUGGAGCAGGAUGGGCCCCGGGAGCGAUGGCUCCAGGGAAAAACAGAACCCAUGAUGGUCAAGGCCAAGGAUUCCUACAGCGCUUGCAAAAAAUGUGAGGGCCAUCACUGUCAGAGAAACUUGAGCAAAGAGCAAGAAAAAAAGUGAAGUAAUUUUUAAUUCCAAGAAAAACAAAAAGUCGUCCAAGAAAGGAAAUUAAUCAUAGUACACUAUGUGCCUUAUCUGGGAACAGCGUUACUGAGUUCUAAUGCUGAACUGAAUAUGGAUUGACCAGAAAUCGUGAGAUGAGUCUGCUGGAGGAACGUGGGGCCGAGAGUCAUCCCCGGCCGGCAUGACCCACGUGUUCGUGUACGGGACCCUGAAGAGAGGCCAGCCCAACCACAAGGUGCUGCUGGGCGGCACCCACGGCCGCGCCGCCUUCCAGGGCCGGGGCCGCACGGCGGAGCCGUACCCCUUGGUGAUCGCUGGAGAACACAACGUCCCGCGUCUGCUCAACGUCCCGGGGCAGGGCCACCGCGUGGUCGGGGAGAUCUACGCCGUGGACGAGCAGAUGCUGCGCUUCCUCGAUGAGUUCGAAGGCUGCCCAGACAUGUACCAGCGCACCCCGCUGCCGAUCGCGGUCCUCGAGUGGGAGGGCACACGCGGCGCCCCCAGGGAGACGCCCGCUGCCGACAGGACCGUGCAGUGCUUCGUGUACAGCACGGCCACCUUCCCGCCCGAGUGGCUGCACCUCCCGUACCACGACAAUUACGACUCUCAGGGGCAGCACGGGCUUCGCUAUAAUCCCCGGGAGAACAGAUGAGAAGUUCCCGGACGCUCAUGGGCGGAGGGCAGAGGACCGUAAGAUGGCCUCGGCGCGGUCCGCACUCGCCGAGUGUGGGGGGCAGUCAUGCCCUUUGAACCAAGUGUUUGUCAAACGCAGUCUGUGGGGAAAGGAACAGUCCCUCUCUCAAUGCAGCAGUUCCCAAGCCAUCUCACAAGACCGCGCCCUGACAUCCCCCUCGGCCCGCCCCGUUCCUUGCGGCCUAAAGAGCGCCGUGAGCUUGGAUGUGCUGGGUAAGAAAAAUUAGGAUUUUGUUUCCCUAACUGACAUUUCAGGAACUCAUAUGUUCUCAUCCUUUUCUUUUUUUCUUCUUUGUGCUUUGCUUUAAUCUGAAGAUAACAUUUAAAAUGAUCGUAAAGACCAUGUGUUGCAGCUAGAUUUUGGCAGCCCUACUGUACUGAUUCUGACCUGUAGCACUAAGAAAAAAAAUUUUAAGCUCAUUUUGAAUGUCUCAAUGUAAUAAAAGAAACUCAAGAAAAACA